GCCAAGAAGAACUGUAACUGACAGUAGCACCUGGCUUCUGCCCAAUGGACCUAAGCACACAAGACAUUUCUUUGUCGCAAGAACAGGUCGCACAGUUUUGCCUCUCUUGAUACUUAUCCUACAGUAGAAUGCUGGCCUUGCGCACACUCUGUGCUCUGCUUAUACUGGUACCCCUCUGUGUCAGAGCAAAUGAUGAUCAGGUAGAGCCUCCAAAAAGUCCCUGUGCUAACUGGAUGGGGGGUGCACCAGGCUACCCAGGGCACAAUGGAGUUCCUGGCAGGGAUGGAAGAGAUGGGAAGGAUGGAGAAAAAGGAGACCGUGGAGAAAUAGGUGCUCCAGGUCAGAAAGGUGAACCAGGGCAAGAAGGACCCAAAGGGACACAGGGCUUCCCUGGUCCUCAAGGACCUGUUGGAAUGAAAGGUGACAGCUCUCUUCUACAUCGAUCUGCCUUCAGUAUGGGCUUGGCGACGGCUUCUAAAUCUCCUCUCCACAGUGUGCCUAUCCGCUUCACCAAGGUCUUUUAUAAUGAGCAACGUCAUUAUGAUGAUACCACUGGAAAGUUCCGCUGCGUUAUCCCGGGACUUUACCAGUUCUCCUACCAUCUCACCGUCUACAUGAAGGAUGUUAAAAUUGCUCUUUACCGGAACAAUAAACCUAUAUUGUUCACCUUUGAUCAGUAUCAAAGCAGUAAUGUGGAUCAGGCCUCUGGAUCUAUCUUACUGCAUGUAUCAGUUGGGGAUGAGAUCUGGUUGCAAGUAUACGGAGAUGAAAAUUUUGCAGGCAUCUAUGGAGACAAUCUCAAUGAUUCCACAUUCUCUGGAAUAUUGCUUUAUCCAGACAAUGAGUACUAAACUGCACAAUGCUAUCCAAAUAAAAGUUCCAUGUGGUUUACCAAGAAGCUCCACAUCCUGUAUUAUAAUGUACGGAGAUUUUGAAAAAGCUUUUAAUCAGUUAAAAGAAUAAAGUAGGAAAAUGUCCUGCAUGCUUGGGUAUAUAGUGCAAAUCAGCUACAUGGAAAGAUUAGACGAUUGAAUUGGCACGCCAAGCUGGAAUAGACCCAAUAUUUUUUUAACUGCUUACAUAUUUGUACAUAAAAUUAAUAUAUGCAAAAACAUCUUACCAAAAUUGUAAAAUUAAUAAUUACUUUUAAAGCGUUUUCUUUUAGUGCAAAUUCUCACUUAGUGCAUUAUUAGCUUUGAGCUUUCCCAGUCCCAGGGAAUUAGAUUGGCAAUUCAGGAGUUUCUUUGGGUCUUUUAAGUCUGAACUGUUGCACGUGUUUAACCAGACACUACAUGACCUACAGUGGAUGUAUGUUCCUGCUUAACAUAUUUCAAAGCUCUCUGUGCACUGUCUCAUGUUUGCAAAGAUCAAGAGUUUCUGGGAUUUGUAGUUCAGUUCCUUUUAAAAGCUGAAAUAAAACUCCUACAAAAA